CUGUUAUCGAUCUUUUACAUUGGCAAGUUUUCUUGGUUCCGCCAUUGCAACGUUCUAAAGAUGCGCUUUCCUAUUCUGACCACAAUAGUCAUUGCCUCGUUGGGUUGGAAUCACCAAGCUUGCACCAAAGCGGAAGAGACCAACGCGAGCGAGGCGGAGACCUGUGGCUUGUAUCUGGCAGUGUCGUCCACUUCUACCGCGGAAGAAACCAACUGGGGAUUGUAUUCGGGACGCGAUCUCGCUCCCCGUGUAUCCGUUGGUUUCCCGGAUGUGGGGAUCAAUAUGAUCAAUCUGCGAGCUCACGGCGUGCCGACGGAUGCAGAGAACGACCGCAAUACACUUCUAUCCCGGACCGUCGACUUCUUGGAGAGCUUUGUGUGGGUUCCGGAUCCGGCGGGUGCCAAGUUUGAAGUCCAGAACGGCAAGAUCAUUACAGCUAUUGCUGGAGCCGGAGUUCUCGGUGGAUUUAACGUCAAACUCACCAACGCCAACUGGAAACAUUCCGCAGCCUAUCGCCGUCCCCGUUUGGAGCACGAAAAUGAUGUGGAAAAGAAUCAUCCUGGUCGGGGUGCCAGUACCCCCUUUUACAACGUCAUGCUCGAGUCUUCCACGGAAAUUUCGCAAGGAUCAGAAAUUUUUGUGGAUUAUGGAGAUAAUUGGGAAGACGAAGACAAGGAGCACGAACUCACCAAGGACGAAUACAAGAAACUCGACGAAACGGUCGUCAAAAUGGUUAACUUUUUCGAAAAACACAAGGAAGAGUUGGACGCCGACUCGAAACAAGAAAUAUUCCAAUUUUUGAUGCAGGAUGUCUUAUCGGCAGCCAUUGGACCCGACAAGGCGCAUAAAGUAGGCACUUUGUUGCCUACCGUCCCUGACGAACUCCCCAGAGUAGUCGAGGCCGGUGGGUCGUUAGCCUAUAGCGACCCCACCAUUUACCGUAAACUGGAAUGGCUCGAUGAACACGGACGUUGCAUGGAUAAUAUCAAGGCGGGGGCAUCCAACAUCUCCUACGCGGGCCGUGGAGCUAUGGCGACACGGGCCAUAAAACAAGGCUCUCUCGUGGCACCCGUACCCUUAAUUCAAGUUCCCGACCGAGCAGUCUUCAACAUGUACAACCUGCAACUCUCUGAAGACGGCGAAACGUACAUACGGACAUCGGACGAUAUCGUUGGAGAACAAAUGAUUAUCAAUUACAGUUUCGGACACAAGGAUUCAAGUUUGGUGUUUGUACCGGCUGGUGCCAUUGUUAAUCUUAUCAACCAUGGCGAUACUCCCAAUGCUAAAAUGGUUUGGUCCACGCAUCCCAGCCACCGAAAGAUGUGGCUCAACUUCAAGCCGGAGACUCUGCUGGAUGAUGAACAAAUGUAUACUGGCUUAUUGAUGGAAAUUGUUGCGACUCGCGACAUUGAGCCGGGCGAAGAAAUUUUGCUGGACUACGGACCAGAGUGGAAAGCGGCGUGGGACGCGCACGUGGAAAGUUGGAAAGGACGAUUGGCCAAGGGUGAAAUUUCCGAGACUCGUGCGCCGACGGCAGUCGAUCUAAAUACCAAGUACAGUGAGCAGCCCUAUCCCAGUGAAUCCGAGUUCGCCGCUCCCGAGAAUGUUUGUCUCAAAGCGUCAUUGUCAGUGGAAGAGUCCGAUGCCACCGGAACAUUGGAGAAUCCCAAAACUUGGGCAACCCCAGACGAAUUUGCAAAUUUAAACCCAGACACAUUGGUCAACAUGCAUGUGGUGGAAAGUAGAAAAGUGGAGGAUGAAGAAGAUGGAGACGAGCCUUUUCGAUACGUUGUCAAGUGGGCAAACAAUAAUGGCGAACUUACGUUCGUAAAGGAGGUUCCACACAGCGCCAUUGCCUUUGUGGACAUGCCCGGAAUGAGUGACGCCUUUACUGAGGGCGCCUUCCGGCACGUAAUCGGUAUUCCGGACGAUAUCUUCCCCAAAGCUUGGCGCAACCGCAAAUAGGACUACCAAGUCUUGAUCGCGAUAGAAAACGUGUGCCCUUUCAUUGCUUUUUUCAGUUAAGUAGUUUUAUGAUAGUACAAACGCAGCACCUACUGCACUACCGUAUAGCAUCGAUACGCCAAAUUAUCA